UCGAAAACGCUACCACAUUUCUAAAAUUUAAAAACAAAAAAAAUCAAAAAACUUUGGUACAUAUGUAUGUAUUUCUACAAAAAAAAAAGUGAACUUGGUUAUCGGAUUUCAAAUUGUUUUCUAAAUAUUAUAUUGAUAAAAAAAGGAUGUCAAGAGAAAAAAGAUUUUCAAUUCACGACGCCUUUGAGGAAGAAACUGAUGAGGCAAUAAGAGUGUAUGGUUCGACUGUAAUUUCUACACCCAUUAGGCAAUCAAGAUGUACAGACGAUAUUACUAUAAGAGUGAAUGAUCCAAGGAAUUAUAAAUACACGGACGACACUACAUCGCGUGAUAGUGAUUCAUUAAUACAAGAAUAUGGCAAUUUGUCUUCAAAUAAUACACACACAUAUUGCUGGAACCACCCAAAAGUUCGCGAAAAUUGGAGAACUGUUUUAGCUGCUGUAACUUUAUUGCUAGUCGGAACCGGCCUUGUCAUAAUGGGCGUAUUUUCAGUAGCGGACCCCGCUAGUAGUUCGCAAGGUGUGGUAUUUUUUGUAGCAGGUUUUAUUUGUUUUAUUCCGGGAGCUUAUCAUGUUGUCUACAUAUGGUUAGCAGCAAGAGGUUAUCGAGGGUUUGAUUUUUAUCAUUUGCCUUUAUUUACAUAAAAACAAUUUCUUGUAUUAUUUAUUUCAAAACUUAUUUAGUUAUUUAUCGAAAUGCAACAUAAUAGUAUGUGUAUUUAAAAGAAUAAAACUCUUAACCAAUUCAUUAUUUUAAACAUUAAAGUCGAUAAAGUAAUAAAAUAAGCUUAAA